AUGGACUUGGGCAAAAAGGAAAUUCCAGAAGAUUUGAAACCCCUUUAUAAAUCAAUUGCAACGAUUCCAGUAUCGACUAGCGAAUGUGAACGAAAUUUUAGUUCUAUGAACGAAAUCAUGUCACCACUAAGAACUUCUUUAAAUAGAAAAACUGUUGCUGCUCUUUUAUUUAUUAAUUGUGUUGGACCCCCUCUAACGAAAUUCGAACCAGAAAAAUACGUUCGAUCUUGGUUAUUGAAUGGUCGACAUUCAGCUGAUGAUACCGCAAGUCGUAAAAGAUACAAAAGUGUGAUAAGACCUACGAAUCACUGUGGAGGUUAUUGUAAAAAAAUUGUAUUGACGCUGUACCUUUUUUAG